AAGAAGAGAAGCAGAAGUCAUGACAUCACGGUAAACAAAUCGUGACGUCACCGCCGGCCAGCCCUGUGAGCUUCGCCUUCCAUCAUGACCGCGGCGAUAUUAACGAGGAUUACCGCCUUGGCCUUGCUGCUGCUGGCCUGGGGAGGAACACACGCUUUCCAGGAGGAUGACUUUCUGGAUGGCCAGCUGACAUUGGUGGUGGAGGACGCACUGGAUGGCGGCCCUGAUCCUGUCUUCUCCCCGCGUUCAACAGUCCAAGUCCGCUCGGUGAAGUCUGGCAGUGCAGUGAUCAGCCACACUCGCCCCUGGACCUCAGAGCUGAACGCCAAGCUUAAGAGUCUGGUGGACAAUGAUGACCUCUACCGCAUCCGGGUGUACCAGAAAGGCUCAGAGGACAGACGCUAUGUGUCAACCUUCACCAGAGCCUGUCAAAUGUACGAGAGUGGCCUGACGGAGACCCUGAGUCUGGUGGUGGACAGUGGAGGCACCUCAGUGGUUGGUGUGGGCAUCUUCCCCCCUGUGGCAGUAUGUGGUGGAGAGGCACCAGCAACACUGCCUGCCCACCACAACACCACAGUCAUCAUCCGCUCACCCAUUCCAGCGCCUGUACCUGACACAGCCACCUACAUUGAGAAGUUAGAGGCCAUGAAGAAUGAGAAGGCAGAGGGCAAAGACAACCGAUCCUUCCUGGCUAAAUAUUGGAUCUACAUUGUUCCUGUCGUGCUGAUCAUGGUGCUCUUUGGGGGUGGCCAGGAGGGUGGUGGUCGCUGAGUGUCGUCCCAUUUCGGGGAACAGCCACGUGUCAUUUAAAAAGGAUUAUGGGUCAUUCUGAAUAUUGUUAUGCACUGUAGUUGACACAGGCUAAACUGAUAGAAGCAGUGUGGUCUCCCUCCAUCUCUCUUUCAGUGUGGCAGUUGAUUGGUGCACACACAAUUCUUGUCAUUUCUCUAUAUUUUUACGUAUAUAUAGAUUUUUCAGUUGCCUUAUAAGCCAUGCUCUUAGCUGAUUUUUAGAAAUAUCAGUGGGAAAACAAUAGUAUCAAAAUAUUAAAUAUGAAUAUUUAAAUAUUCAUAUAGAGAUGGGCACAGCUCAAGAAAGACACAUUUACAUAAACUCAACAUGUGCCACAUGAUUGUUCCACUGUGCAUCCAUCUGUUUGUUUUUCACAAUUUCUCCAAGGGUUAAUUUGAUAUUAGCAUUGACUCUAUUAAUAUUUCUUAAAAUCAGUUCAGUGCAAGAAUAACUGGUAAGGUGAUUAAAAUUUCAUGUUAAUUUUAAAAAUGUUGGAAAGUAGUAAGGACUUUUGAGAGCACCAAUCAACUGCCCUGUCCUGCCAAAGGGGGGAGAGAGAGAGAGACAGUGUGACUUCCAGCUUAGGCUGUGGCAACUACAGUAAUAUUUAUUUUGCAGAGGAGGUAGGUGUGUAAAUCAGUCAGGUGAGAUAGAUCAGAAUAGAUUAUCAGUAGAGAUUAGGGAGUUUCAUGAGUGUGGCAAGGAAAUGCAGUAUUGUCCUCCCACGUGGUGUUUACAGUACCUAAGUAAAGACUCUACAAGAGAUUAACCAUUUUUGAGAAGUGCAUAAUUAAAACAACCAGGGCCACAUAAAAUAGUGUUCUUGUGUACGUAUCUCUGUCUGUAUACUUAGUCUCCAGAAAUACAUUGGGGAGGAUAAAUAAUUCUUACAUCUUAGAACUGAUCUCUGACUGGCAAAAUGUUGUUAGUUAUGAAAGGCCUUACAGUCUCCAGUGGAUGUAGGAGGCACUGCAUACAAAACAGAUGGGAUGUUCAGUUAUGGUCUUACCUCUCACCCUCAUUGCACCAGUGAUUUAAGGAAGGUGACCACUGUGUGCUCCUCAUAACACCUGUAGGAAGACAGUGAAGAGUAGUUCAAGGGCAAGGAAGUCGCAUAGUCCAUCUCUGAAGGCUGAACCUUGCAAGCUACAUGCAUGAGUGUAAAUUAAUGCAAAUUUACCUUCAUGUGAUCUGAUCUUAAACAAGUUGAUGACUUACUACUGGCUUAUGUCAUGUUUUCAUUGAAUCCUCUACUGACACCACUGUAACUUGCUUGGUACAGCUUCCACUAAAUGGACUGUCAUUAUCUUAAUGCACAUGUGCAAUAUUCCCAUUCAGGUUCUGCACUUCUGUAAUCUUGAUAGCAGUGCCAUGAAAUUGCCAGAGUAAAGGUGGUAUUACACUUGGCAAAGUUCAGCCAGCAGGGAACAAGUUCACUGGUGUCAUCUACUUUGACAACAUGAGUGACAGGCACUAGAGAGAGCUUAAUGACUUAGAAUUUUAUUGCUCACUGAGCAGCUGCCCACCAUGUGGAAAGCUACACUGUGGCAUCAAUUGUAGCCAGCAAUGCAUCCAGUGACUGGAGGUGGUGCUAAUCAAACUUUUCCUUGUGCAAUGUCACCUUUAGUAAGGAGGAAAGCCAACAGAGCAUUAAAUACUGUGUUUACUUUCUGGCUACCUGUAUGUUGCAUGAUCUUUCUAAUUGAGGGAAAUUGUCUGUAUCAGCUUCAUUGGAUGUAAUUCAUUUCUACCUAAACCCUUUUGUAUAAAACUGCUUCUUGGAUGACUGACUGUGUGGAUGCCUUGUGUACACUCUCUUGAUAAGUGUUUUAAUGACUGAGUAAUUGACUAGCUAGUCCAAGAGAAAUGUUAUGUUUGUUAACUUAUCUUUCCAUUUUGACACUGUAUUAUAUACAAUAAAUGUUACUUGUACA